AUGAGCAUUGAUUGCCUCAGCUUGUCCUCUGACUCGCGACGAAAUGUGUCAAGGUUUCAGCCAAACUUAUCUACAACUUUGAUGUCAGAUCCAUUUCCAGCGGUUCCAGCCGUUCCAAUCGAUCCCAAUGCUGGUUCUGCGCAUAGGCCUCUGAACCUGGAGCAGAUGCAGAGGUUUUUGAUUGUGGAAGCUGCCAGCAGCGGUUCUGAGGAUCACCUGACAUCGUUUCAGUCAGCAUUUGUAAGUUCCACUUCGCAACCAGACGACAACAGUGCAAUCAGUGCAGCUGCAGUGAAGAAAAUGAUCAUGGAUGGACGGAAAGCGUCCCCAGCUUUGCGUUUGGUGAAGGAUGCCUUGUGCAGAUACCAAGGGGUUCCACCAGAGGCUCCAAAGCGAGGAGUCAAACCUGAUCCAAGUCUCGAGCGAGCUCGUCUGGCGCGAGCCCGGCGAUUGCUAUAUCCGAGCCCAGAGCUUUCACAGGCAGAUCCACUGCCCAUGAAGGAAUCCGCGCGAGCAACAUCCUCACGAAGCACAAGUGCAGGUCCAUCUGUAGCAACGACCUUCCUGACACACUCACGUCCCACUACUAGUGGUCACCCACUUCCACGACAGUGGCAGGCUUUGCCGAAGCGGCCACUUACUUCACCUGUCACCUCUGACGGGUUGCCGCAGGUUCCUGGCAGCCGGCUGACGAUAUCAGCAGGCAGCCGAAACCGGCGAAGUGCCUUGAGAGGGAAGUCAGGAAUCCAUAGCCUGACCCUAGCAGUGACCUCAUCCCAGUCCUCCAUCGACUCUGUUGAGCAGAAGGUUGAAGGUUCUCCAAAGUCGUCCUCAAAGGUAGCUCAACGAAUGGCCUAUUUGGCUGGAAGGCUUCAUCACAAGGUCUACAGAAUCAGAGCAACCAACAAAGGCGAGUGCGCCUUGGCCUUCUCUUGUCGCAAACGGUUGACCGUGCAAAAGCUCCAUCGUCAAGAGGAAAAGAACCUCGCUGCCGCUGCCAUUCAUUCGAGGCAAUUAGAAGAGUGGGGAAGUCCAACAAAUUCCAUCUCCACAUCUUUUCGAUCAAAGUCACGAGAGGGCAAGAAGGAAGAUGCUGGAAAUGAGGGAAGUAAGGUGUUCGGCAAAAGCGGCUCGUUGAAGGAGGUCGACUAUGUACCAAAGAUUGAAGAGGUGCAGUCCCAAGCUGCGGACUCCAAGCUGGGGAAAUUUACUUCGUUUAAGGCGCAUGAGCUGUCAUGCGACUUCAACUUGCCCGGAGGUCACGUCACGCAGGCCUGGAAGCUGUUCAAGCGCUACGAUCUAAACAAUGACGAUGUUCUAUCUCCGUACGAAUUUCAGCUGCUCUUGAGACAUGUCCUGCGAGAGCGCUUCCCGUCGGCCAAAGACGUUCCGCGAGAGCUCUUCAAGGAAGCGAUUGACAUCCAACACACCAACCUUCCAGUGACCUUUGCGGAUUUCUUGACCUGGAUUACGCGCAACGCUUUCCAGGAAUGCCUGCUGCUCAACACGGAGCAACGCUUCAUGCGCCUUGUUGCUCGCAAGUUCCAAGUCCAUGUCACUGAUGUUGAAUUGGUCAAGCGUCACUUCGACCACUUUACCCAGAAUGGCAGGAUGGAAUACUUGCAGUUCCACAAACUUUUGGCCCUACUGCUGAACUUGCAAGAUGUCUCAUCCCUGCCGGAGAGCCGGGUAAAGUCAUUCUGGCGAGAACUAGCUGGGGACCAUGGAAUUGUUGAGUUCACCGACUUCAUUCCGUGGUAUUUGGCGUGCUUUGCAGGAGGAGAUGGCUCGCCUUUGGUCAACUUCUAUCGGAAAAUCCGACCCAUCUCCAUUGUGGAGGACCACCCUGAGUAG